AUACGGACCGUUCAGUUGACACGCGCGUUUACAACAAAAUUGCGAUUCAUUGUGCAAUUACAUAUUAUCAAAAUAUUUCGAGUUUGAUGCACGUGUUAGCGCGUACAUUUGAAUGAUCAUAAUCGCGUUACGUGAUUAACUGACGCGCGUAUACGCGCAGUCAUGUGAACCAAGCCUAAGGGUAAUGUCUUCGACUAGAUACGAUUUGUGAUCUUUUGAUGUAUCGUUGAAAGAAAUUGGUUUGGUGAGAGCUGAGAAAAAGUGGUAACAGACAAAAAAAAAAACGCAUCAUAGUAAAAUUAAUACCUUCUCAACAGCGCAUCGAAGCUCAAAAUGUUUGAUUAUCGAUAAUGUCGGAGUAAAACCGUCGUGGUUAUGGUAACCUACGAUAUCAGAAUCAUAUCAUAACAUCUGAUGUUCGUAAUAAUUAUCAGUUGGACAAAUGGCAUAGGUGUUAACAAUUAAAACAUACUACAUACCUUAAUUGUAGAUUAAUGUUUGAGUUUAACCUUUGAUCUGAAGUAUUUUUUUUAAUUAUUAUUAUAUAUAUCUAUUGAAUUUUUGUUAGUUAUUACUAAUAGUAUUAUUUAAGGUAAAAUAUCUACACUAAUACAGAUACAAUGUAAAUUUAAAUUUUCAGUGUGAUAUGAAAUAGUAAUUUUAAAAAAUGUGUGUAGUUUUCAUUAGUAGUAUUCAACAUCAAAAAGAAGGAUAUAGGUUAAUAUUAGCAUCUAAUCGAGACGAGUUUUAUUGUAGACCAACAUUGUCUGCUAAUUACUGGUUGGAAAACUCAAACAUUAUUGGUGGACGAGAUAUAAGUUUAUCUAGUAAAGGUGGUACAUGGCUGGCACUUAAUAUCAAAGGAAAAAUUUGUACUUUGUUGAACAUUUUUCAAUUAUCAAAUCAAAUAAAUGCACAAUCUAGAGGUCGAUUAGUUGAAAAUUAUAUAAAAUCUGAUGUUAAAGCUCCAAUUUAUGUAGAAUCAUUAAAAGAUGUUUAUAAUGGUUUUAAAUUAAUAAUGAUAGAAAUAAAUAUGUCAUCUAUAGAAACUUAUCUCCUGACUAAUGAUGAUUCAAGUAAUCAUCCAGUUAUGACAAAUAUUCCAGAUGGGGUUAAAGGAUAUGGUAAUGAAGCAUUUCAAAAGGUUUCUGAAGGAGAAAAACGAUUUAAUACUAUUGUAAAAAGUUAUGGGAAAAAUACUACUAAACUUAAACUUAUUGAAGAAUUAUUAGAUCUUUUAAAAUGGAAUGAACAACACGUUCUUGAUGAAAAUUUGAUUCAACAUGCACCUAAAUAUUCAGGUAUUGAUUACAAAUAUUUUAGUUCAGUUUUUGUUGAAAUACCACAUUUGAAAUAUGGAACAAGAACACAUACUAUAAUUCUAAUAGAUCAUAAUGGAGAUAUAGAAUAUAAUGAAUGGACAAAAGUAGAUGAAGAUUGGAAACACCAAUGUUUUAAUACCAAAUUGGAAUUUUAGCAUUAAUGAUUGAUGAAUGAGACACUUAGAAUGCCAGGAGUAAUGCAAGUUUAUUUUUUUAAUUUUGAGCAAAUUAAUUUUAAAGUUUUUGUUCUCCAAAGAACAUACCAUGUAAAAAAAAAUUAUUUUUUCAUGAUUUGUA